AUGAAAGAUCUUUCUUCCACUUCGUCUUCCAGCCGACACGCUCGAAAUUCCCUUAUCUAUCCCAAGAAGCGUCCAUCUCCCCAUGGCGUCUCUAAAUCUCAUAAAUCACCACUUCACUCUCAGGACGUGAUGCGAAAAUCUCCGCGUUCUGUAAAGGUUGCUCUUAUCCAGCAGCGUCAGCAGCUACGCAGAGAUGGCGUUAUAUUAGAAGACGAGUAUCGGGAGGAUAUUCGCUGCUACAUGCACGAGAUGGAGAACUACACAAUGAGUUCUACUCAGUCUAUGGACCAACAGCCAGAGAUCCGUUGGCAUAUGCGUCCUUGUCUGGUAGACUUUUUGGUUGAAAUCCACUUCAGCUUUCGUCUUCGUCCAGAAACUCUUUAUUUGACCCUCAACAUCGUCGAUCGUUAUGUAUCUCGCCGCAUCGUCUUCAUUAAGCACUACCAGCUUGUCGGGUGUGCUGCCCUCUGGAUUGCUGCCAAGUUCGAAGACGCAAAAGAGCGUGUACCGACUGUUCAAGACCUUGUUCAAAUGUGUCAUGACGCGUACGAAGAAUCAGCAUUUCUCCAAAUGGAAGGUCACGUUCUUUCAACCAUCCAGUGGACACUCGGACAUCCUACUGCUGAGGCAUGGCUCAGACUGAUGUGCUGUGGUCCCUGCAUGGAGGAGCCGAAGGUACAACACGUAGCCCGUUUUCUUAUGGAGAUAACACUGUUCUACCGAGAAUUUGUCAAAUAUGCGCCCUCCUCAAUCGCUUUAGCAGCACUGACCCUCGCUCGCUUCCUGUGUGGGAAGCCUGCGCGAGUAUGGGAAGAAACAGAUGAAUGUCUGGAAAUUGUAGACCUGCUUGACACCCGACUGGCCAAACACGUCAACGAUCUGUCCGAGACCCUCGUUAAAAAGUACUCGUAUGCGUUCUACUCGAAGGCAGCUACGUUUGUGGUUCAAUAUUACCUGCAAGGUGGUAAAUUUAAUCGUAUCGCAACUGCUGCAUUCCCAGUCACUCCUACCCGUAGUGUUCCCAUAUCAGCUGUCAGCACUCCCAUGAGUUGUUCAACCUCUGUAUCCGAUGGAUCCGAUGACUUCCCACUUACACCCAUCACCCCGGUUCUCCAUCCUUCGAGCGAUUACGACGACAAAGAGAACAGGCCGACGACGUUCGAGCCCGUGUAUAACAAGCAUCGUAUCGAUAGUCCGCCAGAGCAAUUUCUGCCUCAUGAUUUCGUUACGUUCAGUCGACCUGCUCUCCACUCUCUGAACGUCUCUUCAUCCCCACGUGCAUAUUCAUAG